UCGCCACAGAACUCUUCAAUCUUGCAUGGCUCCCCGUUUUCCUCUCCUCAAAUUCAGACUUAGAUGUGGGAAGUUCAGAAACUGCUGCCCAUUUCAUCUCAAUCUCAAUCUCAAUCCUUAAUGGGGAAAAUCCAAGAUGAAUCAUCUCUACCUCCACCUCGAAUCAACCAAGUUCUUGCACCAUCUUCCACCAAUCCAAUCUCUACUCUACGAUCACCAUAAGCCAUGGUGGCAGCAAAUUCUCGACCCCAACGGGGAGUUUGUCAACAAAUGGAACCGCAUUUUCUUGGCCACGGCUCUCACUGCUCUGUUCAUAGAUCCUCUGUUCUUCUUCCUCCCAAUGCUGCGGACAGACUGCAUGAGAAUAGAUGUAAGCACAGCCGUCACCCUCAUCUCCCUCAGAACCGUUGUGGAUCUGUUUUCUGUGCUCCAAAUUUCCAUGAAGUUCAGAACUGCCUAUGUUGCUCCGAGCUCCAGGAUCUUUGGGAAAGGAGACUUGAUUAUGGAUCCCAGGAAGAUUGCGUUUCGAUACUUGAAAACUGAUUUUGUCAUUGAUCUUACUGCUGCUCUUCCCAUUCCUCAAUUUCUUGUCUGGUUUGUGAUGCCAUUGAAUCAACAACCUGCAGCUGCCCGUGCUAAUCAUGCCAUUUCUCUGGUGAUAAUGCUUCAGUACAUACCGAGGUUGUUUGUCAUUUUCCCUCUGAAUUGGAAAAUUAUAAAAAACACUGGGGUAGUGGCAAAGACUGCUUGGUCAGGAGCGGCAUACAAUCUCAUUCUCUUUAUGCUAGCUAGUCAUGUUUUAGGAGCCUCAUGGUACCUAAUGUCCUUUGAGCGACAUCUUACAUGCUGGAGGAUGAUAUGUGAAAAAGAGAAGACACGUCAUCAUUGUGACACUCUCUUCCUAGAUUGUCUUAAAUCCGGAGAUGAAAAGGAUGCUUGGAAGAAAAGCACUAAGGCAUUCACGACUUGUACACCAGACAAGUUUGAGUUUGGGCUAUUUGCUGAAGCCUACGAAGAUCAAAUAACUUCCGCGAACAUUGCUGAUAGAUAUUUUUACUGUCUUUGGUGGGGCUUGCGGAACCUCAGUUCUUAUGGGCAGAAUUUAGCAGCAAGUACCCAAGUUGUGGAGACACUUUUCAGCUGUCUUAUUUGUCUUGUGGGACUAAGUUUUUUUGGGUUUCUAAUUGGCAAUAUGCAGACCUAUUUGGAAUCUACCACGGCAAGACUUGAAGAGUGGAGGGUUAAGCGAAGAGAUACUGAGGAAUGGAUGAGACAUCGUCAACUACCUCCAGAUUUGCAGGAUCGUGUUCGUCGUUUUGUCCAGUAUAAAUGGCUUGCUACAAGAGGAGUAGAUGAAGAAGAAAUCCUGCAAGCCUUACCCUUAGACAUACGCCGCGAAAUUCAAAGGCAUCUUUGCCUGAACCUUGUCCGCCGAGUUCCUUUCUUCUCUCAAAUGGAUGACCAACUCCUAGAUGCAAUAUGUGAACGUCUUGUUUCAUCAUUGAAUACCAAAGACACGUACAUUGUCCGAGAAGGUGAUCCAGUUGCUGAGAUGCUUUUCAUCAUCAGAGGUGAACUUGAGAGCUCAACUACCAAUGGUGGACGCUCUGGUUUUUUUAACUCCAUUACUCUUAAACCUGGUGACUUCUGUGGUGAAGAACUGCUGACAUGGGCCUUAAUGCCUACAUCGAACCUCAAUCUCCCAUCCUCAACGCGUACUGUCAAAUCACUUACUGAAGUCGAAGCAUUUGCACUUCGUGCUGAGGACCUCAAAUUUGUCGCGAAUCAAUUCAAACGGCUUCACAGCAAGAGGUUACAACAUGCUUUCCGAUAUUACUCACACCAGUGGAGGACAUGGGGAGCUUGCUUCAUACAAGUUGCUUGGAGACGACUCAAAAGAAAGAGGCUUGCAGAAGAGCUGGCAAGACAGGAAUACUCGUGCAAUCUGCAGUUCUUUGAUGAAGACAGCCAGUAUGGUGAUGCAUUUGCAGCUGCAGUUUAUGGAAGUACUACUACUGGCAGUGCUGCAAUGGAUGGCAUUCCCCAACAUUUAGGAGCUACAGUUUUGGCUUCAAGAUUUGCUACCAACACUAAAAGAGGCCCGAAGGUCACAAGGGUUGAAGCUGCUAGCUCAAGUUUACCAAUGCCAAAGCUUUUCAAGCCUGACGAACCUGAUUUUCACGCAGACAAAGAGUACACUAAGGACACCGAAGAAUUUGAUUGAAGUGAUGAGCUAGCCUUGAUUUAUUUAGACAGGCUGCUUGUAAAAUAUUCCCCUACAACUUUCUUUAUAGGUGAUUUUUUUUCCCCUGCAAUUUCAUCAUUGGAGUAGGGAUCAAAUUUAGGCCUUUGAUUUACAUUCAAAUAUUAAGCUGUGAAGACCCAACAUAACGAAGUUAGCAAUUUUGCUUGUGAUUAAAGGCAUUGAAUU